AUGCAAUUACUUGAACAAGCACAAACGUUGUUAAAUUUUGAUGGUCAAUCACCAUUUGAUGUUAAUGUUCUCGAUGCCGUCGUCAACACAAUGUAUCGAGGACAGGGCGAUUCCCAACGACAAGCAAGUGAAGUAUUAAACGUAUUACGUGAUCAUCCGGAUGCGUGGACUAAGGUUGACAGCAUAUUAGAAUAUUCAAAAUGUCAAGAAACAAAAUAUUUUGCUUUACAAAUUCUUGAAAAAACAAUUAAAACUCGCUGGAAAGCUUUACCAAAAGAACAAUGUGAAGCUAUUAAACAAUAUAUUGUGAGUUUAGUAAUAUCACAUUCACAAAAUCCCGAAUUAAUGGAACGUGAAAAGGUUUAUUUAAAUAAAUUGAAUAUUAUUCUCGUACAAAUAUUAAAACAUGAAUGGCCCAAGAAGUGGCCAAAUUUCAUUAGCGACAUCGUUGAAGCAAGUAAAACAAGUGAAUCGAUGUGUCAAAACAAUUUAGAUAUUUUAAAACUACUCAGUGAAGAAGUCUUUGAUUUUUCAUCCGGUCAAAUGACACAAGCUAAAGCUAAACAUUUAAAAGAUACCAUGUGCAGUGAAUUUACAAAAAUUUUUCAACUUUGCGAAUACGUUGUGGAUAAAUCUCGUCAUCCACCAUUACUUUUGGUUACACUAGAAACAUUACUACGUUUUCUUAGUUGGAUCCCACUUGGUUAUAUAUUUGAAACAAAUAUGGUUAAUACAUUGAUCGAAACAUUUUUUACUGUACCAAUGUUUCGCAAUGUCACGCUUCGUUGCCUAACUGAAAUUGCUAGUAUUCAAGUUGCACAAUAUGAAGAUAAAUUCGUUGACUUUUUUCGUCGAACAAUGCUUCAACUUAAAACAAUAAUGCCAUUAUCAAUUGAUUUAAAAGCUGCCUAUCGUUCAGCAAAAGAUGAUGAUCAAAAAUUUAUUCAAAACUUAGCAUUAUUUCUAUCGAAUUUUUUAAAAGAACAUGGCAUUUUAAUUGAACGUACUCCAGAUUUAAAAGAAACAUUACUUGAAGCAUUACAAUAUCUUGUCUUAACAUCAGAAGUUGAAGAAGUUGAAAUAUUUAAAAUAUGUUUAGAAUAUUGGAAUAUCUUAAGUGCUGAACUUUAUCGUGAAGUACCAUAUCAACAAAUAGCACCUUCGUAUUUACGAACUGGCAAUUCCAAUAAUGUCCCAACACGGCGUCAAUUUUACAGUGUUAUACUAUCAAAAG